AUGGGCGACAAACCACCAAAAAGCAUUCGACCCCUCAACCGGUACAUCACCACCCACAACAAGACAGGCCAGGCCAUCUUCUCCACCGCGCUGUCUGAAGAUAUGCCAGUCAAGUCCCUAGACAACGGCGCUGACUUCAGCCUCGCCUAUACCUCUGACCACUUCCCUGCACAGCUGGACGGUGACGCCGAUUUGGCCGAAUACACUAACUACCUCACCAACCCGCCGGGAAUCACCAUCUCCACGGGAAAUGUCUGCCGCAUUGUGGAUGUCCAACCAGGAAUCACAUGUGCCAUGCACCGCACUGUGUCACUGGAUUAUGGCGUGGUGUUGGAGGGGGAGGUUGAGCUUAUCCUGGAUUCGGGAGAGACACGGCUACUCAAGCGUGGGGAUGUUGCCGUCCAGCGCGGUACCAACCAUGCUUGGCGCAAUGCGACGCCGGAUGUGAUCGAUCCAGUGACAAACGAGAGAACUCCACAGUGGGCGCGGAUGUUAUAUGUUUUGAUGCCUUCGCAGCCGAUGACGAUCGGGGGAAAGGCUUUAGGGGAGGUCGUGGAUGGCAUUGGUGCGCGUGCUAGCACUUAG